AUGAUAUCCUCUUACACGGCGAACUUAGCCGCAUUCUUAACCAUUGACCGGUUGGAUACCACGAUUGAGAGCGUCGAAGAUCUCGCCAAACAGACGGAUGUACACUACGGGACAUUGAAAGGGGGGUCAUCCAAAGCAUUCUUUGAGGAUUCUGAUGUUCCGAUAUAUAAGCAAAUGGCAAACUUUAUGACGAGUACGACACCGUCCGUGUAUGUUUCUUCAACGAAAGAAGCAGUGGCACGUGUGCUGUUAGGGAGUUACGCGUACUUGGGAGAGUCCACAUCGAUUGAUUACCAGGUUCAACGUCACUGUGACCUGAUGCAAGUUGGGGGCUUGCUGGAUUCUAAAGGAUACGGCAUUGCAACACCUCGAGGCUCUCCCUAUAGAGACAUGAUUUCGGAGCAGAUUCUGAGACUGCAAGAAAGACAAAAAAUCAGUAAAUUGUACACCAAAUGGUGGAAGGAAAAAGCGGAAAGCAAUUGUGACACCGAAGGCAAAGGGAAACAAAACGCGAACGAGCUUGGCUUACAAAAUGUAGGAGGUGUAUUUGUGGUACUAAUGGCAGGUGUGGUCGCUGGUACAAUCAUGGCGAUAUUUGAAUUUCUGUGGAAGGCUUGGAGAAACUCCAGGAUUGACAAGGUAGGUUCAUUAUCAUAUGUUAUUUCAUAA